UACAUCCCCCCGGGCAUCCUGAAGAGUACCUGCUAUAUCGACGUGCGCUGGUUCCCCUUUGACGUCCAGAAGUGUGACCUGAAGUUUGGCUCUUGGACCCACAACGGCUGGCUGCUGGACCUCCAGAUGCUGGACGUGGACACGUCUACCUACAUACCCAACGGGGAGUGGGACCUCGUGGGUACGAUUUAGUUAAUCUCCCUCCCUCCCUCUCUCUCUCAAUUCAAUUCAAUUCAAUUCAAUUUAAGGGCUUUAUUGGCAUGGGAAACGUAUGUUAACAUUGCCAAAGCAAGUGAAGUAGAUAGUAAACAAAAGUGAAAUAAACAAUAAAUAUUAACAGUAAACAUUACACUCAGAAGUUCCAAAAGAAUAAAGAUAUUUCAAAUGUCAUAUUAUGUAUAUAUACAGUGUUAUAACAAUGUGCAAAUAGUUAAUGUACAAAUGGGAAAAUAAAUAAACAUAAAUAUGGGUUGUAUUUACAAUGGUGUUUGUUCUUCACUGGUUGCCCUUUUCUUGUGGAAACAGGUCACAAAUCUUGCUGCUGUGAUGGCACACUGUGGUUUUUCACCCAGUAGAUAAGGGAGUUGAUCAAAAUUGGGUUUGUUUUCGAAUUCUUUGUGGAUCUCUGUAAUCUGAGGGAAAUAUGUGUCUCUAAUAUGGUCAUACAUUUGGCAGGAGUUUAGGAAGUGCAGCUCAGUUUCCACCUCAUUUUGUGGGCAGUGUGCACAUAGCCUGUCUUCUCUUGCAAGCCAGGUCUGCCUACGGCGGACUUUCUCAAUAGCAAGGCUAUGCUCACUGAGUCUGUACAUAGUCAAAGCUUUCCUUAAGUUUGGGUCAGUCACAGUGGUCAGGUAUUCUGCCACUGUGUACUCUCUGUUUAGAGCCAAAUAGCAUUCUAGUUUGCUCUGUUUUUUUGUUAAUUAUUUCCAAUGUGUCAAGUAAUUCUCUCUCUCUCUCUCUCUCUCUCUCUCUCUCUCUCUCUCUCUCUCUCUCUCUCUCUCUCUCUCUCUCUCUCUCUCUCUCUCUCUCUCUCUCUCUCUCUCUCUCUCUCUCUCUCACUACUCUGUCUCUUUUAAUCUCUCCGCUUGUCCCUCUGUCUCUGUAUCAGCAUGUGUGUCCAUGUCUCUAUCUCUACAGAGGUGGGUGGGAAUGGUGUUGUGGGCGAGGGGGUGGGGGUGUUACCCCAGCCAGUUAUGACCCAGUGACCCACCUGGGCCAGUGGAGGGUCCCUGAGGGGUGUGUCUGGGUAUGGGGGGUGUCAGACUACAUUUCAUGUUUACUCCACACUGCCAGAGGGGGCAUGUUACUGGAUAAACUCUGCUCAGUGAGAGGAACACGUGUUUGAGAGUGUGUAGAUUUCCUGCCUGUGUAAGACUGUCUUUUGAAAUGUGUGGUUCCUACUUGUGUAUGUGUAUAUCAAAGAACAUGUGAACAGGCCAUCGUUGAAUGAAUGUAAAUGCAUUGAUUUGGAAUUACCCCUAACUCCACCUCUGUGUUUCUUCGUGUGUGUGUGUCUCCUAGGAGUCCCGGCCAAGCGUAAUGAGCUGUACUAUGACUGCUGUAAGGAGCCCUACCCUGACGUCACCUUCACGGUCACCAUGCGAAGACGAACCCUCUACUACGGUCUCAACCUGCUCAUCCCCUGUGUUCUCAUCUCUGGCCUGGCCCUGCUGGUCUUUCUGCUGCCCGCUGACUCUGGAGAGAAGAUCUCCCUGGGUAAGGAAGGAACGCCGGAAAGACGUCUUGGAAUUCUGUCCGUUAUGAACUUCUGUCAGGUGUAUUAUUAGGUUUGAUUGAUGGAUGUCUUGGGAUGAUGAGUUAUCUUCCUGCUGUUCAGAUGGGAAUAUCUGAACACACAUUCUGGAAUCCUCUCCAUCCUGGAAUUCUGUCAGGAAUAUUAGGCUUGUUUAAUAGAUAUCUGAGGAGGAGGAGUUAACUGUAAUCUCUUCCAAUUGGUAACUUGCCUUGAACAUGUCAGAGAAACCACCAGUCUAACAAAUUGGUUUAGCCUAGAGGUUAUAACUGAUCACUAGCGUAACGUAUUCCAAGAAUAAUUUCAGAUGUCAAUGAGUUUGACAAUCUCAUCUCUAUCUCUCUCUCUCUCUCUCUCUCUCUCUCUCUCUCUCUCUCUCUCUCUCUCUCUCUCUCUCUCUCUCUCUCUCUCUCUCUCUCUCUCUCUCUCUCUCUCUCUCUCCAGGUAUCACAGUCCUGCUCUCUCUAACAGUCUUCAUGCUACUGGUUGCUGAGAUCAUGCCCGCCACCUCAGACUCUGUGCCUCUCAUCGGUGGGUUCUGUGUGUGCGUGCACGUGUGUAUUAUACAUGAUCCUCUUUCCUCUUAUGGUUUGGUUUGAUUGGCUGUGCGUUAGUGAGUGUAAAGGCAGAGUGUGUGUGUUUGUAUUAAUGUGUGUGUGAGUAAACCUUGUGUUAAUGUGUAUGUCAAUACAGUCUGUCAUUCUCUCAUGGCCUGGCUAGUUUUGGUUUGACUAGCUGUAUACAGUGCAUUUGGAAAAUAUUCAGACCCCUUGACUUUUUCCACAUGUUGUUACAUUACAGCCUUAUUCUAAAAUUGAUUAAAUAAUGUUUUCCUUCUCAUCAAUCUACACACAAUUCCCCAUAAUGACAAAGCGUUAGACAGGUUUUUAGAUUUUUUUGCAAAUUUAUAAAAAAAAUAAGUAUUCAGACCCUUUGCUAUGAGACUUGAAAUUGAGCUCAGGUGCAUCGUGUUUCCAUUGAUCAUCCUUGAGAUGUUCCUACAACAUGAUUGGAGUCCACCUGUGGUAAAUUCAAUUGAUUGGACAUGAUUUGGAAAGGCACACACCUGUCUAUAUAAGGUCCCACAGUUGACAGUGCAUGUCAGAGCGAGAACCAAGCCAUGAGGUCAAAGGAAUUGUCCGUAGAGCACCUUCCAGAAGGACAACCAUCUCUGCAGUACUCCACCAAUCAGGCCUUUAUGGUAGAGUGGCCAGACAGAAGCCACUCCUCAGUAAAAGGCACAUGACAGCCCGCUUGGAGUUUGCCAAAAGGCACCUAAAGGACUCUCAGACCAUGAGAAACAAAAUUCUCUGGUCUGAUGAAACCAUGGUUGAACACUUUGGACCUGAAUGCCAAGCGUCACAUCUGGAGGAAACCUAGCACCAUCCCUACGGUGAAGCAUGGUGUUGGCAGCAUCUCAGACUGGGGCGACGUUUCCCCUUCCAACAGGACUACAACCCUAAGCACACAGCCAAGACAACGCAGGAGUGGCUUCGGGACAAGUCUCUGAAUGUCCUUGAGUGGCCAAGCCAGAGUCCGGACUUUAACCCGAUCGAACAUCUCUGGAGAGACCUGAAAAUAGCUGUGCAGCGACGCUCCCAUUCCAACCUGACGGAGCUUGAGAGGAUCUACAGAGAAGAAUGGGAUAAACUCCCCAAAUACAGGUGUGCCAAGCUUGUAGCAUCAUACCCAAGAAGACUCUAGGCUGUAAUCACUGCUGAAGGUGCUUCAACAAAGUACCUAGUAAAGGGUCUGAAUACUUAUGUAAAUGUUUUAUUUCCAUUUCUUAAAAACCUGUUUUUGCUUUGUAAUUAUGGGGUAUUGUGUGUAGAUUGAGUGAAAAAAAAACAAUUUAAACCAUUUUAGAAUAAGGCUGUAACGUAACAAUAUGUGGAAAAAGUCAAGGGGUCUGAAUACUUUCCGAAUGCACUGUACAUAUCUUUAAUGUCAGUGAGUGCUGAGAGCCUUUCCUACACAUACGUCAGUCUCAAUCCCCUGAUGUUAUGUUUGAGCAGGAUGGUGUUGGAUCAGGCUGACAAUGAGGAUAACAUUAUUAGUGGGUCGUGACAAGCCAGGCUCCCCAUGAGACGAAGAAGAGCAGAACAGAAGGCAGGAUUGAUAGAUGGAUGAGAUGAGUAACCUUUAGGGGGUUAAUUUCUGAGAGAGAGAAGUUCAAACACUUCCGGUGCUGUGAUGAGACACUCAUGAUAGCGCUCACUAGUUUAGCCAUCACCUCAUUUUACUCGAGUGGAGGCCUGGGAGGAGUGUGUGUGUGUGCCUGUACACAUGUGCAGUUUCUACAUAUCUUCCUGCAAAAUAGUAAUACAUUUGUUAGUUAUGUAAAUAUGUGUGUGUUAGCACUUUUGAACUAGCACCAUAAACUGUGUGUGUGUGUGUGUCUCAGUUAAGUUAGUGUAACAGAGUUAGUGUAAUUUUACUGAGAAAUGCUCCAUUAGUUGUGUUUAUGAUGUAUCAAUACCGUAAUCAGUCAGAUUGUAUGACCCAUUGACCAGCAGGAAGGCCCAGGGCUCAGCGCUCAAACGCUUUGAGGAGUGAAAUAAAAAUCAAUCAUACCCGUUUACAGCAAUGAACUACACAGUGUGUUUGUCUGUCUGUGAGUUAUACUCCAGAAACUGCCUGUAAACUUGAGUCUGUUUAUACAUUAUACAGCAGUGUUUCUUACUCCUGGCCCUAAAGGACCACAGUUUGUGCAGGAUUUUAUUUAAUCCCAGCACUAACACGCCUGAUCAUGCAAAUCCAGAUCUUGAUGAUUAGUUGAAUAGUUGAAUGUGUUUUUUGGGCCGUGAGAUUAUCCUUUUAGCCCCCAACCAGGGUAGUGUCAGAUGAGGUCCCCCUAUACCCAAAAAGUAGUAAUGUCAUCACCCUCUCAUCCUCUCUCAUCUUCCCCCCAUCCUUCACUCACCUGGCCUGCUCUAUCUCUGUUUCUAUCUCUGGCACACUUAUCUAGUUUUAGGUGUGUGAGAGAGAGAGGCUGCUGACAGGCUCAGAUGGGGAUGGUCUGUUUAGAGUUAUAAGUGAAGGGCAGUGUUAGUCAGCACUCUGUAGGGGCAUCUCUGCACUUCCCACCUCCACUCUGCUGGAUUAGACUCUCUCUGGCAGCGCUGGUAUCUGGUGUCAUCAUCCAACUCCUCCUCCUAAUUAGAAUCCCACUCUUCUCCUGCCUCCACCUCCUCCUCUUUCUCAUACCUAUCAUCAUUUUUGUUCUACUUCAAUGUUUUCCUCCUCUUCCUCCUGCUACUCCUCCUCCUCCUCCUCCUCCUCUUCACCAUACUCUUCCUCUGUCUUCUCCAUUGCCUCCGCUUCUUCAGUACUCCUUCCUAGGGAUUAACAUGGGCAACCGGGAUCCCGGGACUGUCACAAGAACACAUUUCACAUUUCCUGAAAAAAUGUAAUGACAAGACCUGGCAAAUUACAACCUUUUUCCCCAUGUGGCACUAAUGCAAUUCCACAAAAUACACAACAUGUGCAGCAGCAGAUUAACAAAAAAUAAAAUAGCACAUUAUCGAAACAGGUUGUCGCAUGGAAGCCUUUAUUAAAAUAACCUGUGCCUCUUUGAGCUGUCACUGUUACUUUUCAGAUAGUCACAAAUCUGAUUGGCCUGUGCACAAUUCACUACAUAGGCAUCUCCUGUCCUAGAUCCUAGGCUAUUUUCCUAUCCAGUCCCAAUCGCACUGAAACCCAAAAUCCUGACACCUGUCUCACAUGAAAAUUCCUAACUUUAUUCUGUAAUCCAUAGGUUGCAUUGUCAAAUCACAUCUCUCGCCUAUGCAUGUCAAAGAACCACUGUAACAUUUCCCCCACUUCUCUGCACUGUCUCGUACUUGCUGCCCAUAUGAGAGCUUCGGUAGAGAAUGUGUGACCAACAAACAGUAUGAGAGUAGAUAUGGAAUUUUUUAAAACAGAGUUGGGGCUCUAUUCAAUCCGCAUCGCGAAAGUUCAUCUUUACAGCGUGAUUGAAAUUUUAAGUCAAUGUUCCCGCUUUAGCGAAGACAGCAUUCACGGUAAACGCUGCAUAUGUCAGCUCAAUCGGAAAUUACCUUUCAUUUCUAUCGCGGAAUCUGUAAUGCUUCAGCUUUACAUAGAGCCCCAAGUCCCCCUUUAAGAUACCUUGAUAUUUAAACUACACUGAGUAUACAAAACAUUAGGAAGACCUUCCUAAUAUUGAGUUGCACCCCCCCCCACCCUUUCCCCUUUGCCCUCAGAACAGCCUCAAUUCGUCGAGACAUGGACUCUACAAGGUGUCGAAAUCUUUCCACAGGGACAGGGGCGGUGUGUUCAAUAGGGCGAUAUGGGCGACGCACUGCCAAACGGGAAAAGGAAGGGAUUUUUUUCCUAAUCAAUUAUAUCACGGCAACAGUAGUUAUCAGUGUUGUAAUCUAGACGUCUGAUCUGCCACAGUGCCACUAAAUGUCCAAUCAGGCUAAAGUCGUGCUUCAAAUGCCCCCCCCCCCCCUUUUGGGGCGAUUUCAGUCAGGUUGAAAAUCGCCCAGAAGUCUGUCAUAGACUCCCAUGUAAAAUCUAUUUUUUUCAAAUAUCAGAGCUUUCAAUACAAUCUCUAUGGGUUUCUGAGGGCUUGCACUUACGCGCUUUCGUCAUACGUAACGUAACCAUGAACGUAACUAAGAAAAGAGCGGGUAGCCUCAUCAAUCAAUUCACUACUACUGUAAAAAUGGCUAGUCUUCAGUGCAACUCGAUUGUGUCUUUGAAAGAAGUUCCUUUUUGUCGGCGAACAAAUGAAGAUAAAUUGGCAACGAAACAAUUAGGACCUCCCAGACCAAAUUUAAUAAUUCAACAGGUUUCUACUAAAGGGGGGAAGUCCUACACCCGAGGAUUUUCCAAAAAUUGGUACGAACGAAAAACCUGGCUAGCAGGCUGCGAUGUAGCUAAUGCAGUCUUCUGCUACCCCCUGCUUACUCUUUCACCCUGAAGGCGGCACGGCAGACAGCACCGCUUGGACAGCGACUGGUGUGUAACGGACAUGCACCAUCUUUCAGGAAAGAUUAAGAAACAUGAGCUGUCAAAGACCCACAUGGAUAGCUGUUUGAGAUUGUCUGCUUUGGGGAGAGUGAACAUUCCCACUCAACUGGAUGAGGGAUACAGGCUAGCUGUCCGCCGCCACAACGAUGAGGUUAGUGUUGAUAAUCACAAGUUUACUGGAGAACUGAAACUGACAAGGCUGACAAGAUAGGACCCUUUUGUCCAUUGUUAUUGGAUAGGAACAGAACUUAUAACCAGCUCCUGACCUAAAUAGAUCUUAGCACAACAUUUUACUCAACAUAUCAUAUUCCAUAUUCACUAUAACAAAUAUAUUUACUACGACAUUAGCAAGAACCGCCACAUCCUCAGCCGGCUAAUCCAGUGUGUGAAGUUUUGCGGAGUGUUUGAGUUAGCUUUGCGAGGCAAAGAUGAAACUGAGGGCUCCACCAACCCUGGUAAGCCAACACUUUUGAGAUCAGUCAAUAAAUGCUUCUGGUAUUGACUUAUAUGCUGCCCCUGUCUUCAUGUUGUUGCUGGACAUAUCUUUUUUAAAAUGUGUGUAGGUCACCUAAAUCAUCAGAAAAAUUGCCCCCCCUGAGAAUUUUUUCAGGAGCCGCCACUGCACAGGGAUGCUGGCCCAUGUUGACUCCAUUGCUUCCCACAGUUGUGUCAAGUUAGCUAGGUGUCCUUUGGGUGGUGGACCAUUCUUGAUACACACAGGAAACUGUUGAGCGUGAAAAACCCAGCAGCAUUACAGUUCUUGACACAAACCAGUGUGCCAGGCACCUACUGCCAUACCCCGUUCAAAGGCACUUAAUUAUUUUGUCCUACCCAUUCUUCACCCUCUGAAUGGCACACGUGUUAAUUGUCUCAAGGCUUAAAAAUCCUUCUUUAACCUGUCUCCUCCCCUUCAUCUGCACUGAUUUAAAGUGGAUUUAACAAGAGACAUCAAUAAGGGAUCAUAGCUUUCACCUGGAUUCACCUGGUCAGUCUAUGUCCUAAUGUUUUGUACACUCAGUGUCUUUCCACUCUUCAUCUCCCCAUUAUUCCUGAUCUGAUCUGCUCCCGGUAUAAUCAUCAACUCUAUUUUUCCAAAUAUAGGAGAUAUUCCGCCAUUCGUUGAAGUAGGUAAUCUUGCAAGUUUAGCAACUUUGGUCAUUUGACUUUUGUUUGACUGCCGUUACAAAGUUUGUAUGAUUUGACAACGCUAUACUUGGGGUGCACUCUGUGUGGCCUGAGCAAGCUCUUUGUUGAGAUAGCCUACUGCUGAAAUGUGCUGAAUUAAUUGAGGAAGAUGAUAAAAAUGUCAUUUUCAGUUUUAUUUGCUCUGAAAUCCUUACAUAGUGGCGCAGCCAAGCCAGCAAUGUGGUGCAGCGCCCCUCUUAUUUGGGGAGAACCCUGGCAUAGUGACCAUAUCGUUUUUUUAAAUGCUUUAAAUGGCCGCUUCUGAUUUUUGCUGUAUUUCCCGGGAUUCCCGGGAUAAAUAUGAAUUAGUCCCAGUAUUGAAACUUGGUAGAUUUUCUGGAAGAUAUGAAUCCCUACUCCUUCCCAUCCUCCUCCUCCUAAGCCGACCAGGGAUAAUCCUAACCCCUGAUCGCACAGUGGGUCAUGUGCCCUUUGCCCUGCUAGUGUCCUGGUAGCGUUUGUUCAUGUCUGAAGCAUUUAGCGGUUGUUUGCUAACAGAGAGAGGGAGGGGGUGUGACUGGCCUGGGAGGCAGCUACAGAGUUGAGAUAUUUGGGGAAGAGCAGUGUUGAGUUAACGCUCGAGUGGAGUGAAGCUCCCUUCCCUCCCUCCAUUCAGUCCCUCCCCUGAGAGAACACAUCCAUGAUGUGCACGUAAGCUUGGUGGUGUUUUACCACAGUGUUAUAUUAUUGGGCUGCUUGAUUUUCCACUGAUAUAUGAAGACACAUUCAACUGAAACCACACUACAACUACGAAGAUAAGACUAUCUAGCUGUUUCCGAAACGGCGACCUAUUCCCUAUUUAGUUCACUGCUUUUGACCAGACCCUGCCCGGUGCCAUUUGGGAUGCACUGUCUCUCCCUUCUGUUGGUCAGUGUCUGUGUGAUGUAUGAUGUCACGUUGUUAAUGUUUGAUGUGGUUGUGGUUUGUGUUUUGUAGCUCAGUACUUUGCCAGCACCAUGAUGAUAGUGGGUUUGUCUGUGGUGGUGACUGUUCUGGUCCUGCAGUUCCAUCACCACGACCCUCAGGGUGGCAAGAUGCCCAGAUGGGUGAGUCCCGCUCCCAAUCUUCAUCAUAUCCCUCAUCAUCAUAAUUCUCAUCUUUGUCAUCGUCCUCAUCAUUGUUGUCAUCAUCGUCGUCAUCGUCCUCAUUGUUGUCAUCAUAGUCUUCGUCUUCAUCAUUGUUGUCAUCAUCAUCUUCGUCCUCAUCAUUGUUGUCAUCAUCGUCAUCAUUGUCGUCUUCGUCCUCAUCAUUGUUAUCAUCGUCGUCUUCGUCCUCAUCAUUGUUAUCAUCGUCGUCUUCGUCCUCAUCAUUGUUGUCGUCGUCGUCAUCGUCUUCGUCCUCAUUGUUGUCGUCGUCGUCAUCAUCGUCGUCUUCGUCCUCAUCAUUGUCAUCAUCAUCGUCUUCGUCCUCAUCAUUGUUGUCAUUGUCGUCAUCAUCGUCGUCUUCGUCGUCUUCAUUGUCAUCAUCGUUGUCUUCGUCCUCAUCAUUGUUAUCAUCGUCGUCUUCGUCCUCUUCAUUAUUGUCAUCAUCAUCGUCGUCGUCGUCCUCAUUGUCAUCAUCGUCGUCUUCGUCCUCAUCAUUGUUGUCAUCAUCAUCGUCGUCUUCGUCCUCGACAUUGUUUUGUUUUUUUAGGGGGUAGAUCAGCUUUAAUAUUGCAGAUAGAUUGUAACUUCCAUCAAUGUAAUUGUCUGCAUCACUUCCAAUCCCCCAUAUGUUUUUUUUUUCUCGCAAAUAUAUAUAUAUACACAUACAUACAUACAUACAUACAUACAUACAUACAUACAUACAUACAUACAUACAUACAUACAGUGAGGGAAAAAAGUAUUUGAUCCCCUGCUGAUUUUGUACGUUUGCCCGCUGACAAAGACAUGAUCAGUCUAUAAUUUUAAUGGUAGGUUUAUUUGAACAGUGAGAGACAGAAUAACAACAAAAUAAUCCAGAAAAACGCAUGUCAAAAAUGUUAUAAAUUGAUUUGCAUUUUAAUGAGGGAAAUAAGUAUUUGACCCCUCUGCAAAACAUGACUUAGUACUUGGUGGCAAAAUCCUUGUUGGCAAUCACAGAGGUCAGAUGUUUCUUGUAGUUGGCCACCAGGUUUGCACACAUCUCAGGAGGGAUUUUGUCCCACUCCUCUUUGCAGAUCUUCUCCAAGUCAUUAAGGUUUCGAGGCUGACGUUUGGCAACUCGAACCUUCAGCUCCCUCCACAGAUUUUCUAUGGGAUUAAGGUCUGGAGACUGGCUAGGCCACUCCAGGACCUUAAUGUGCUUCUUCUUGAGCCACUCCUUUGUUGCCUUGGCCAUGUGUUUUGGGUCAUUGUCAUGCUGGAAUACCCAUCCACAACCCAUUUUCAAUGCCCUGGCUGAGGGAAGGAGGUUCUCAGCCAAGAUUUGAUGGUACAUGGCCCCGUCCAUCGUCCCUUUGAUGCGGUGAAGUUGUCCUCUCCCCUUAGCAGAAAACCACCCCCAAAGCAUAAUGUUUCCACCUCCAUGUUUGACGGUGGGGAUGGUGCUCUUGGGGUCAUAGGCAGCAUUCCUCCUCCUCCAAACACGGCGAGUUGAGUUGAUGCCAAAGAGCUCGAUUUUGGUCUCAUCUGACCACAACACUUUCACCCAGUUCUCCUCUGAAUCAUUCAGAUGUUCAUUGGCAAACUUCAGACGGGCCUGUAUAUGUGCUUUCUUGAGCAGGGGGACCUUGCGGGCGCUGCAGGAUUUCAGUCCUUCACGGCGUAGUGUGUUACCAAUUGUUUUCUUGGUGACUAUGGUCCCAGCUGCCUUGAGAUCAUUGACAAGAUCCUCCUGUGUAGUUCUGACCUGAUUCCUCACCGUUCUCAUGAUCAUUGCAACUCCACGAGGUGAGAUCUUGCAUGGAGCACCAGGCCGAGGGAGAUUGACAGUUCUUUUGUGUUUCUUCCAUUUGCGAAUAAUCGCACCAACUGUUGUCACCAUCUCACCAAGCUGCUUGGCGAAGGUCUUGUAGCCCAUUCCAAUCUUGUGUAGGUCUACAAUCUUGUCCCUGACAUCCUUGGAGAGCUCUUUGGUCUUGGCCAUGGUGGAGAGUUUGGAAUCUGAUUGAUUGAUUGCUUCUGUGGACAGGUGUCUUUUAUACAGGUAACAAGCUGAGAUUAGGAGCACUCCCUUUAAGAGUGUGCUCCUAACCUCAGCUCGUUACCUGUAUAAAAGACACCUGGUUGCCAGAAAUCUUUCUGAUUGAGAGGGGGUGAAAUACUUAUUUCCCUCAUUAAAAUGCAAAUCAAUUUAUAACAUUUUUGACAUGCGUUUUCUGGAUUUUGUUGUUGUUAUUCUGUCUCUCAAUGUUCAAAUAAACCUACCAUUAAAAUUAUAGACUGAUCAUUUCUUUGUCAGUGGGCAAACGUACAAAAUCAGCAGGGGAUCAAACACUUUUUUCCCUCACUGUACAUACAUAUAUACACAUAGACUUUUCAUUUUUUAAAAUAUAUUUCCCUUUCUUACUUUCCAACCCCACCACCCCUUCCCUAAUUGGAGUAAACUAGUGAACAACAAUGCUUAGGCCUCUACUUCCAGCUUAUACAUACUAUAUACAUUUUAUGGACACAGUCAAUUUUACAAGAAUUCUAUUUUGUUUGUUUUUACUCCUGAAUUUCCUCUAACCUCAACCUAUCCGAUCAUUUUCAUGAUGUCCAUCCGGUUUGCUUCUAUAUGCCAUAUCUUUCUAACUGUGCUCUUUCACAAAAGCUCUCAACCUAUAACCUAUAUUUAUGGACACAGUAUGCUUACAUUAAUAGUUAUUUUGUUGUUAUUAGUUGUUGUUAGUUGUUAUUUGUCCCAUCCUUCAACUCCAUUCAACACCACCCAUCUAUCUCUUAACACCAUCCAUAUUGGAUUUCUAUUUGCCAUAUAUUUUUCAACUGUACUGUGAUGUUUUACAAAAGUUCUGAACCUUUCUAUUCUCAUUGUUUCUACAGAUUUUACACUGAAAAUAAACAUUUUUGCUCAAAGUAUUCGUCAUUGUUGUCAUCAUCGUCGUCUUCAUCCUCAUCAUUGUUGUCAUCGUCGUCUUCAUCCUCAUCAUCGUUGUCAUCAUCGUCGUCUUCGUCCUCAUCGUCGUCUUCGUCCUCAUCAUCGUUUUCAUCAUUGUUGUCAUCAUCGUUGUCAUCAUCGUUGUCGUCGUCGCCGCUGUCGUCGUCAUCAUUGUUGUCAAUCUCAUUACAUUAUCGUCUUCACCAUCAUCAACAUUGUGUGUAUAUGUUUGUUGCAGUCUCAACCCCCUCUCCCUCCCUCCCUCUCUCUCUCUCCAGGUCAGGGUAGUGCUGUUGAACUGGUGUGCCUGGUUCCUGCGUAUGAAACAGCCAGGCGAGGAGCGUAAACCCGCAGGCUACAAGUACCGCCACACACCCCAGCACCACUCCAGUGCCAGCUCCAUUGAGAUGGGCCCCAUGGGCACCAUGACGGGCCUCACCACGCCCCUCUCCCAGGCCCCCUGCUCCACCUGCCCCACCGGCACCUCCAACGGCAGCAUGAGCCUCUACUUCAGCUACCAUGCCGUGGAGAGCCCCCACUGCCCCCCCUCCAGCGAUUCAGGCGUGGCGUUGGGGGGACGGGCCCAAGGGACCCCCUGCGAGGAGGCUGAGCCCCCAGGGGGAGGUGCUGGAGGAGGUGGAGGAGGAGGAGGGGGGUUGAACUUUACUCCUCCUCCCGAGGUCCUUCAGAUCCUGGAGGAGGUGUCGUAUAUCGCCCAGCGCUUCAGGGACCAGGAUGAGGAAGUGGCGAUCUGCAGCGAGUGGAAGUUUGCGGCUGCCGUGGUGGACAGGCUGUGUCUGGUGGCCUUCACUCUCUUCUCCAUCAUCGGCACCUUCACCAUUCUCAUGUCUGCUCCAAACUUCUUAGAGGCCGUCACCAAGGACUAUCUAAAGAAAUAG